AUGGCCAAAAAGAAAAAGAGAAGCAAGACCACACGAGACGAUGUUCCGAAUGCAGGCGAAUCGGGAGUUCAUGAACGAUUCCGUGAGGCGGGUGACACGGUGUAUAUUGGAGUGAGCAGACAUGAGAUACACGGCGUGCAAGUAGCUGCGUUUGCUUUGGUAUGGAAGGACAGUGUUCAUCCUGAAUAUGAUGAGGCGAUUGUAUCGAGAAACGCUGAUGCAUUAUCAGACGAAGAUGUGGCAUUACGUGCUGUUAUGCAUGCGAUCCGAACUUCAAAUCCAGGAAAUACAUUGAUUGUAUACACACGCUUCCCAAGGAUUUCAGAUUGUAUGAUUGCGGCUGAAAGAACCAUACGUGGAUGUCGUCUACCAGAAUCACCGGAUGCAGCUACUGUGAUCAAGAUGAUAAAGGAAAGAAGUGGGCGCGUUAUUGGUCAUGUGAUGACCUAUAAAGAAGACUUGGCUCUCGGCUAUCGUGCUACAGCUCUGGCAACUAAUUCACGCAAACGAGCUCAAGGUACUGCCAUCGACCAUCCUAUUCUCCAAUCAUCAGCCCGUCAAUCGCCGCCAAAGAACGAUAGCAAGCUUGAAUCCAACAGUGACAACGUCAGCUAUUUCAUGGAUCCCAAUCCGGCAACUAUGGGCACAAGGGUAACUAGCACCAGCACGUUUACAAGCGACAUUCGCAAGACAUCCACUGCACAACGACCACAAUUGAUCAAUGGUAUGCAUCCAGAUCGUUUGGCCAUGCUCUCAAAUACAGCGUCUUCAUCCAACACGAAUAUCAAUGCAGCCCAACCCAACAUUCAAAACAACCAGCGUAACAGAGACUUUGGUCCAGUAAUAAUCUCCAGCAUGGGCUCCAAUAGCAACACCUUUACAACCAAUGACCAAAGCACAUCAUCAAGUUCACAUUUGAUCAAUGGAAUGCACCCAGAUCGUAUCGCCAUGAUCAGCAGGCCUGAAGCGAAUUCUUCCACCAUUUCAUCGUCAUCGUCGGAUCCUUUUCAUCAUGCAAUGGAUCAAACAGUGCUACACAAUCGUGGGAGUCAAGUCAGCUCAAUUUUACCUAUGAGAGAAUCAAUUACAGCAUCCAACAAUGAUAGCAGCGGUACACGGAUGCCUAGCAAAAGAAAACGGAAGAGGUUACGACUUUCAGCCGAAGAAAGGUUGGACCGCCGAGCUCAACGCAAGUUGGACCGUCAAGCUAAACGCGAGUUGGACCGUCAAGCUAAACGCGAGUUGGCCCGCCAAGCUAGAAGCCAAAUUGAAGAUCUUGCAGACAUUUAUGAAGAUGCUAUUGAUCGUGGAUGGGAUUUGGGUGAUGAAAAUGAACCUCAACAACAACGACCAAUCGCAAGCAGCAGCACCACACCAUAUUAUGCAUCUCAUCAACCUACUGCAGACAAUGCACCUCAGCAACCUAUUUCAGACAAUGUAUCCCAGCAACCUAUUUCAGACAAUGUAUCCCAGCAACCUAUUUCAGACAAUGUAUCUCAGCAACACGUUUCCAGGGAGAACAAUCAAGGCUGGCUCUCUUGGAUACGAAACAUUUUCUCUUAA